AUGCUCGGCCAGACUCAAAGACCCGCGGUGCGUGUCAUCGGCCGUGUUCGCUGCCAGGUUAAGCCCCGUGUCUCCAAUGCCCGUUUCCAAUCCACCUCGUCAGGCCCGGCCACCUCCGGUGCCAAUUCCGCCCUGAUCGGUGGCGUCGCUGGUGGUGCCUUUGCUGCCGCCGCCGGCUACGCAUGGUACUCCUUCUCUGGUGCAAAGACACUGGUCGACACCAACAAGCAAGCCAAGCAAUACCUCGAGCAAGCGAAGCAAAAGAUUGCCGAAGCCGCCCCCGAGCCCAGCGAAUCGUACGCCUGGUUCAAGAAGACUGUGACCCGCUAUGCCGUGUUCAUCCCCGGUGCCCGCGAAUACGUCGAUACCGCGUUCAAGGACCUUGAGAAGAUCAAGGACAAACAUGGAGACGAAUUCGACAAGGUGAUCCAGGAUGCGUACAAGGAGCUGGCCGAUGUCUCGAAGAAUGGUGGUUUCGAUAGCGACACGGCUUUUGCGGCAUUCCACGUUCUGCAGAAGCACCUUGAUCGUCUGCUCGACCUGGCUGGUGAUGUUGGCGAGGAUAUUCUGGACAAUCACCCAAAGAUCAAGGAGAAGCUUGGUGGUAGCUUCGAUCAGCUCAAGCAAAUGGGCGAUGCCUAUGGGCCUCAGGCUAAGGAGGAGGUGAACAAGACAUGGAACCAAGUCACGGAUAUUGUGAAGCGCGGCGCAAGCAUAGACGCGGUUGCGGAGAUCAAGAAGUUGAUCGACGAGAAGAGGGAGAAGCUGCAGAAGCUGGGUGAUGAGGCUUGGCAGAAGGGUCUCGACGAGUCUCGCCAGUUCCUCGAGAAGAACCCGAAGCUGAAGUCGCUCGUUGAUGAGAAUGCCGAUGCGCUUAAGAAGGGCAAUUUCCAGGACUUGUGGGGUCUGUUGAAGGACAGUGCUUCUUCUGGGAAGACGGAGAAGGUGGAGAAGUAUGUUAAGGAGAAGGUUGAUCAAGUGAAGAGCGGCGGGUUUGGCGAUUUGGAUAAGUGGUUGGAGGCUAUUCCUGGUGGUUCCAAUAUUCUUCCUCAAUUGCAGACGCUGCAGACCGUUGCACAGAAGAAGGGUGAUGAGGCUGAGAAGGUUCUGAAGGAGACGUUUGAGGAGAUUCAGGAAGUCUUGAAGAAGCGAAAGGAGCAGGUUGAGAAGAUUGCCGAGGAAGCGAAGGAAGAUUCGAAAUAG